AUUUUGUUUGUUUUCUUCGUUGUUUAAAGCUCCUACUGGAUAGCCCACAAACGAGAAAAAGGCUUGUUAUCGUCGUGGUGUGAUUGUACAAACAAUUGUCUGCACUUUACAUCGUCUUCUAAUCAUGUUCGGUUGCAUCGGGAAGUUCUUCCAUGUUUGAAAACACUUUGCUGUCUAGUAAAUAAAUUGUGCUUAAAUCGUUAAAGAAAAAGCGAUACUAACAAAGUGCGAUUAUUAUAUCGUACAAAAAGUUGUGUGGUUGGUGCUGAGUAAUUCGUUUCGAUUGUGUGUUUGUGUGAUUACGCCCUGGUCGAGAUACGUCUCAGAACAAAGCAUAUAAACUCGCCCAGCUUAUUGAUACCAAAAAAGUGUCUGGAUUCGCUUCAAUUUUCCAGCUACAGCUAGCCAAUACAGGAUUUCGAUUAUCAACAAUCAUCUAACCUGGGGAUGGAGGAUUUUACACCUUUGAUUAACUUACAGCAUCGUUGAAGUAACGUCGAAGGAUUUUUCAUUUCCUCCCGUAACCGGCAAAAAAAUCUCGGUUCGAUUUUUUGCUUCCACUCAAAGGAACUCGUGAUAGCGAGAGGUAAAGGCAGUGUUCCAUUCUUUUUCUCAACCGGAACUGUGAUCUCAAUUACAACCCCCUCGUUUAGGGUGUAAUAAUCCAGAAACUUGCGCGGUUCUUCCGCCUUCAAGGAAAUAGCAAUCGAAGAAAGCUGAGUUUUUUGUUAGUUCGCGAAGGAUGAAACCCACCGAUCGAGAGCCACUGCUGGGCGGUUCGGACAAUUCGUUGGAUUCUUCGCAAAAUGAGCAUCAACAUUUGUUGGCCCGGCCGGACAUGCGAUCUUCGCCGGAGAACAUGAUCAUCGAUGUGAUCAACGACAGUGAUAACAUGACGCUAAACAAGGACGAUCAGACGUACGGAUCGUCCAAUGAAACAUACGAUCCGUCGAUGCACCGAACGUUGGAACAUCCGACGACCAAUCUGGACACGAUGAUUCACCUGCUGAAGGGUAACGUUGGCACCGGCAUCCUGGCGAUGCCGGAUGCGUUCAAAAAUGCCGGUCUCUAUGUCGGUCUGUUCGGAACGCUGAUGAUGGGUGUGAUUUGUACCCACUGUAUGCAUAUACUGGUGAAAUGCUCCCACGAGCUGUGCCGACGGUUACAGGUACCAUCGCUAAGCUUUGCCGAGGUUUGCCACCGUUCGUUCGAGUGCGGACCAAUUGGGUUACGGAGGUAUUCAUCGAUGGCGCGAAAUAUCAUCAAUAUGUUCCUGGUGAUAACCCAGCUCGGAUUUUGCUGCGUGUAUUUCGUGUUCGUGGCAGCGAACAUUCGCGAAGUUGUGGCGCAUUAUUACUUCGAUCUGGACACAAGGAUCUAUCUGUUGCUAAUGCUGAUACCGAUGGUACUGUUGAACUUGGUUAAGAAUCUUAAGUAUUUGACGCCAAUUUCGCUGAUAGCAACCUUCCUGACUGUUGCAGGCCUUACAUGCACCUUCUACUACAUCCUCCAAGAUCUACCAAACACUCACACCGUAAAACCGUUUUCAUCUUGGGCUCAACUUCCCCUCUACUUCGGUACAGCCGUGUAUGCUUUCGAGGGCAUCGGAAUCGUGCUUCCGCUAGAAAAUAAUAUGAAAACACCGGACGACUUUGGCGGUAUGACGGGUGUUCUCAACACAGGAAUGGUGAUCGUGGCCUGCCUUUACACAGCCGUUGGCUUUUUCGGUUAUCUAAAAUACGGUGAAGAUGUACAGGGCAGCAUCACACUUAACUUACCCGGGGAUCAAUUUGUUGCCCAACUGGUGCGUAUAAUGAUGGCCCUAGCCAUCUUUUUCUCCUACGGUUUGCAAUUCUACGUACCAAUGACUAUUCUGCAACCCGUGAUCAAGCGCCGUCUGCACUCGGAACAAUCGCAACAGAUCGGUGAGUAUCUGGCACGUGUCGGUUUGGUUGUGUUCACGUUUCUCCUCGCGGCCAUGAUCCCCAAUCUGGGUGCAGUGAUCUCUCUGGUCGGAGCGGUAAGUAGCUCAACUCUGGCACUGAUCUUUCCGCCACUGAUCGAAAUCGUCACAUUCUGGCCUGAUGGUUUGGGCAAACGGUACUGGAUCCUGUGGAAGGAUAUCGCCAUCAUGGCAUUCGGUAUCUGUGGGUUCGUGUUCGGGACGUACACGAGCGUAGCGCAGAUCUUGAACCCGAAUCUGCACUAAACUAGGACUCUGCACAGGGUUGCAGGGGAGCUUUCUUCGAUUUGUGAUAAUCGAAAAUUGUACAGUAUGCUGCUACAUAUAUUAUAUAUUUAUACAUUUAGAGCAAACACAAAAGGAGAAGUAGAAAGGUAGAUGCAGUUCAGACCGAAGUGGAACAAAUGUGCGACAUUUCAAACUCUGAGUGUGAUUAUAAAUUUUAGUUUGAUUUUAAUGUAUUCAUUAUGAGGUAUGCAGAAGACAGCGAUGCGUUAGAAAUGAACUGCAUUAGUGAUGAGUGUUCUCAAUGAAAGUGAGCGUAGAAAGUUUACAAAUAUACAUUUGUAUGUACAUAGUCAAGUGAUGCAAUGAUUUCGUAACUCAGUGAAUUACUUUAUCAAGGAAUUAGUAUUAAAUAUAAGCAUUAUUUGGCCGCAAAAGCCAACAUAUUCAAAAGAAGCUAUGUAGUUAUUGAUGUGUUAUAAACUCGAGUAGGUUGAAUGAGUGUUCAUAAAAUAUUAGAAUCAGCAGCACUUUUUGUGUUGUAUCAGCUACAG